UGUAAUUUUGUUAUUUCCUUGUUGACAUGAAGAAGCAAUAAAGUUGUAAUAUAAAAGAUAAACCGGUAUGUACUAGCUUGAUUGAGAAUAUCUUUCCUAAGCAGAGUGGGUAUAUUCUGUAAUUGCUUUGAAAAUAAAAAAGAUUGUCUUAGUAAUAGUGGAAGAUGUCAUUUAUCAGUAAAAUAAGGAUUGUGUUACAUUCUGUGUUUUAUUUUUUAUCUCUUUGCCAGUAAGUGUGAAGGUCUCCUCCGGACCAUGGAUGAAAGCAAAUGUGUUACACAAAAAUCCUGUGACCUCACCAAUUGACCUAGCCAUCUUGAAGGUCGAAGGUCAUCAAGACAAUGCUUCGUUGGUCAGCAUUGGAAUGGACACUGAUUACAGGGAAGGUUCCAGGGUGUAUGCUGUGGGGUUCCCUCUCUUUGAUCCAAGCCAAAGUUCAACGCCUUCUGUGACCUCUGGGGUCGUGUCAAAGGUCAUAAGAAUCAACCAGAAGCCAAUCAUGACCCAGUCUACCUGUGCUAUAAAUGCCGGAGCAAGUGGGGGCGCUCUUUUAUGCGCAGAGACCGGGAACCUAGUCGGUAUCAUAGCUAGCAACUCAAGAGACAGUGAGAGCGGAGCCUCAUUCCCUCAUGUUAAUUUCAGUAUACCUGUAGAAUGUUUUAGGCAUGCUAUCCAGCAGUACAUCAUCACUAAAGAUAUAUCAUGGUUUAAGGAUUUGGAGCUGAUCGAUGAGAAAGUCGCAGCAGUCUGGGCUCUAGAAGAGAAUGGCACAUACACCAGACGACUCCCUAGCAAGCUUUGAUCUUCUUGGAAGACUCCAGAAAUCGUCGACCGACUCGAAAACUAGAGCGACUCGA